AAAUUAUGACGUAUAUAAUAAAUAAUACUUGCACAGACUAUGCUAUCAAAAUCGCUGCAGAGUUAUCUUGGUAUAACUAUAAUAUAAUAAUGUUGCGUAUUUAAACCGGUAACUUCGUGCACGGAGCUAAUACAACACAUCACUAAAAAUACCUCCCACCCACCGUCCACCGUCAUGAAUUUACAUUAUUUUAUAAAGCAAGAAAGUAUUAUUUCGUGCGGUGCAUAGUUUCGUUAUUUAAAAGAUAUUGACGCAACUGACUAAUAUAUUAACACUGCUUAAAAUGCAUAUGUAUAUAGUUUCCUAAAAAAGAAUUAAUAAUUAUUCAUAUCUAAGAUUUGUAAAGUAGGUAGACUCAUAGCAAAGUCGGCAUCGCAACCACAUUCAACAAUGAAAGUUACAGUUACUACUCUAAACGACGAAAUAUUCGUCUUAGACGUGUCGGAGGAUUUGGAAUUGGAAAAUUUCAAGGCUUUUUGCGAAAUAGAAUCUGGAUUUCCAGCUAAAGAUAUUACGUUGAAUUUCAAUGGCAAGCCUUUAUUAGACGACAAGAAAUCACUCAAGGAGCACGGUGUACAUGAUGGAGAUGUGUUGGUGCUACUGCACAUGCUGCAGCACGCGCCCGAAGUCAAUGCUACCGACUCCAGCCAAGCUUUACCAACAGGCCUGGCAAGCCUGGACUUCAGCAGUAUCCAAGUCCCACCAGGUGCAAGCACGGCAAGCACAUCCAUGGCAGCCCGGGGUCCACCUGUGGAAGAGGAUCCUCGUAUAAUAAGAGAAAUGUUUCUGGCAAACCCGGACCAACUGGCUCUCCUCAAACAGAACAAUCCUAGACUAGCUGAUGCACUUACUAGUGGAAACCUUGAUACCUUUGCUAGUGUCCUCCGUGAACAAGUUUCUGCCAGAACUGAACGUCAACAACAAAGAAUAAGAAUGAUGAACUCUGAUCCAUUUGACACAGAAGCCCAGAGAAUGAUUGCUGAAGAAAUCAGACAAAAAAACAUAGAGGCCAACAUGGAAGCGGCUAUGGAAUAUAACCCAGAGACGUUUGGAACCGUGGUUAUGCUAUACAUCAACUGCCAUGUCAAUGGCUUUCCUGUCAAGGCUUUUAUAGACUCUGGUGCACAAACAACUAUCAUGUCCGCGGCCUGUGCAGAGAGAUGCAAUAUCAUGCGACUUGUUGACACCAGAUGGGCUGGCAUUGCUAAAGGUGUUGGAGUGCAGAGAAUCAUAGGCCGCAUUCACAUGGUGCAAAUGAGAAUAGAAAAAGACUUUUUGACCACAUCUUUCUCAGUUCUAGAGGAACAGCCAAUGGAUAUGCUACUUGGAUUAGACAUGUUGAAGAGACAUCAGUGCAAUAUAGACUUGGAGAGGAAUGUACUUCGCAUUGGAACCACAGGCACCGAAACUCCAUUCUUGCCAGAAUCUGAUCUACCAGAGUGCGCCCGUCUGUCCGGCACAUCGGAGGAUGAAAUAGUUAACCAAUCCAUGCGGGACCAUGAAGAGAGACAAGUCAAAGAUGCAAUUGAAAAGUCUAAACAAGCAGGAAGCAGUCCAGCGGCGAGAUCUUCCGUCGCCCAGACAUCUGGGUCCACGUCGGCGCAGAGCUCUAACCAGAGAAUCGUUAUAGGUGACCCCAGCUUGACGAUCUUGUCUACGGACUCUUUCGGCGAAACGGAGGUGGAGGAAAUCGUAGCCCUGGGAUUCACCAGAGAGCAGGCUAUCGUGGAACUCCGGCGGUUUAACGGUGACAAGACGCAGGCAACCGUUGCGCUAUUUGCGAAGUCACUUAAGUUCUGAUGACGGAACAGUUGCGCUUUCUCCUUACCUUUACUGUUUGGUAAAUAUAAAAAUAUCACUAGUAGAAUAACGGGAGCUAAGUUAUGUCGAGUGAAGGUUGCCCUAAUUGCAUUGGACUCGUCAUUUGCUUAAGGCUCAUUUAGACUAUGCGAAAACUCACAUUGCGAUAUUAUUACAUUGCAAUAUUUAGUCGAUCGGUUGAAUUGCUUCUUUCUCAAUAGUCGGCAAUAUGUAAUGUAAUAAUAAUAUCCUGGCAUGCGAGAUCUCGAACCGACUAUCUGAGCCUUUAUAGUUAUACAUUUUAUUUUGACCAAAUAGUUCUUAGUCACACUAGGUUGUAACGGUUUGGUUGGGUACUACACUUGGAAAUAUAAAACACGAAAACUACUUUAUUUUAAUUAUGAAUAUUAUGAUAUAGUUGUAAGUGGACGUGUUUUGGACUGAGUAUAAGGAAGGGUUUAUUUAGUAACUUAAGGCUCUAAAAUCUUUUAUCUUUGCCAAAAGUAUUGAUCACAUUUUUAAGUCGACUACACAAUAAAAUAUUAUUAUAAUAAGUUAGUUUUUUGCUUUUAAAACAUAUAUGAACUCGGAAAGCCUGAAAAUAAUGAUUAGAUACACCAUGUUUAUGUUAAAGUAUGAAAACGAUUUAAUUACAUAAAAGGUCCAUGUUUUGUACGCAUAAGUGAUCAAUAUUUUUGGCAAAGGCUGUAUUUUAUAUUAUAUUGGUAAGUUUGUUUUAGCAUAGUAUCCGCACACCAAACCACCGGCCGGGGUCAUUCACUAUCCCUUUCAUUCAUACCACAAACCUGCAAGUGUGAAUGAGAGGUUUUAUUACGAGCCCGGUCGACAGUUGUGCGCUGCGGAUACUGCAUAGCGGAUAGCGGCUGCCGUUUGUUUGUAUGAGUAAAUAUACCAUAAUAUGUUGAUUUAAUUCAUACUUUAUUGGAGUAUGGUUAUUGUACUAUUAGAGUAAAAGUUUUUUUACAUGGAUAUGCAAUUGAAUGAAGUCUUAUUGCAAUGUGACGAUUUCCGUAGUCAGAAAGUUAUGGUAUGUACUUAUUUAAUAUUAUGUUAUUGGCAGAUAUUUGGGUACUUUUUCACCACACCAGCUAAAGGUUCUAUUUAUUCAACAAGUGAUGUGUUAUCCACAAGAGUGGCAAAGUAAUUCGAUACAAAUGUUGAGUAGUUUCCUAAUGGCAUUAAUUUGAAUCAGAUUUGUAAUGUUUUAGAGCUAGUACUUUCCUUGCGUUGAUGUAGUGAAAAAAUUUGUGUUUCACUCGGUAGCAAAGUUUGUUUAACGCUCGUAGUUCAAUUUGGAAUCUUUCGCUUGCUUGCGUAUCAAUAUUAGAACAAAGGGUUAAACUUGCAACUUUGCUCCCUUGUAAAACAAAUAACUAUUACCUAUUGGUAUAGUCAAGUCUGAAUGACCUUAAAAAUUUGUGUAUGAAGUCGAACUAUCAAAUAAGUAAAUUUAUAUACAUUGUAAGUACAUAGUUACAAAAAAGUUUUUAUUUUACGUAUUAUGAAGUAUCAACCGUAUCCGUAAUCUAACUUUAACUAUUAUUAUAAUAGCGUUAUUUAUAUUUUUUGCAUGGUUUUCCAUUUUAAAUAAAAUAUUCAUUUACAAA